AUCGAGGGUCAACCGUGAAGAUCCCAGCGAUAACGAACAAAGCAAGCUCCGAACUGAUCCACAAUUGCGCAUCUAUAGAGGACCAAAGCGCAACACGAGAACAAUAGCGAGCUUUGAACUCUAUAAAAGCAGAUGUUUAGUCUUUGCCACCACCAGCCAUAUCCAUUCCCCGGUCACUCUUAUGGGACGCCAACGAUCCACAGGAAAACGCGCGGCGGUCAAACACCGCCAAAUCGAAGUUCAUGCCCGAGAAGAUGGUUCUCCGCAUUCUCACGUGGUGCCUUCCGGCAAACCCAAACUUGGAGGCACUCUGGGAGUCAACCGUUUCCGAUGUCCCAGUGCAUCAGAACCCUCCCUCCCUCCCUCGGUGGCUGAAUCUAACACUGUUGACGCUCCUCUUGCCUUUGUCUCUGCCUCCGCACCGGCGGCCUCCACCCGCGCCACCAGGUCACAUAGUAAAGCGCUGCGGUCAAAUGCUUCAGCCGGUCCCUCGCGCACAACGCUACCAGCGCUUAGCCGCACGUACCCCGUGGGUCGGCAGACGAAAGGCCAAACACAUCUCUAUGUGGGCAACCUGGAUCCGCAAAUCCAGCUCAGUCAGGUCAAGGCGCACUUCUCGAACUGCGGCGGCGUGAUCUGUGACGCGCGCUUCUCCUUGGCGGGCUCGGAAGACAUGUACGCCCAGCUGAUGUUCGAUACUCCAGCGGCGGUGCACGCGGCGCUCAAGAUGUACGGCUCCCAGAUCGACGGCUUCCCCCUCCCGAUCGUCGUGACGCCGACUGUCAACGAGCUCCACGAGGCCGUCCGCCGCCCCGGCGCCCAUGGUUUAGUGGCUGAAAGCGAUGUGGACAGUUUGUGCCGAUUGCAAAGAGCGAGACUGGCCCGCCCUGGUCUUCCUGUUUCUAUGACGCCUGGCACAGUGCAUCGACUGACUGCUUCGGGCAUGCAGCAGGUCCCUUUGCAUCUCGCCACCACGCUUUGCUGCGAGGAUUUCAAGCCUUCCGUCCGGCGGCGAGUGGUCAAGACUGCGAAGCGGCUCUGGAAUGGGCAAACCCUCUUGACACAGACUUGAAUUUCUAGCGUAUCCGUGAUUCUGACAUUAUGACUCCGAAUGUAUGCAAAUAUGAUCCUAU